AUGCCAAAACUGCACACCAGGGUUUUAUUGCUCAGAGCCAGGCCUGACCACAGGUUUUUCUGCAGUGAAGGAUCUCAGACUUCAGCUCCUGUGUCUGCCGUGUAUGGUGAUAUUUGUCCUCCAGGUCACUAUUGUGAAAUUGGUAGUGCUGUGCCAACUCCCUGUCCAGUGGGAAGCUGGCGCCCUGAUAGUGGGGGAAAGGGCACAGAUGAUUGCAUGCCUUGCCCUGGAGGUCAGUUUCAGGACCAGAAGGGACAGAGUGAGUGUAAACCCUGUCCUCCAGGUUUCCAUUGCAUCAACCUCACAAGAGGCUUUAUGGGCGUCAGCACUCCUUUGGUCUGUCCUAAAGGCUUUUACUGCCCCAAUGAGACCGAGUCUGGAAACCCAGUUCCAUGUCCUAAAGGCACAUACAGUGAUUCUCUUGGCCUCAUUUCAGCAGAGCAGUGCCUGGUGUGCCCUAUGGGACAUUUCUGCGGUUCGGAUGGACUCUCUGAGCCCUCAGGGCCCUGUGCCCCUGGAUUCCUCUGUUUUGUGCAGGCCACAGUUCCCAACCCCACUGACAACAGCACUGGCACUUUGUGUCCACCAGGGGCAUACUGCCUUCUGGGAACAAGAGCAGGUGAAUGUUCUGCAGGCUACUACUGUGACUGGGGCUCCAGCAGCCCGGAGCAGAGCCUCUGUCCUCCCGGUUUCUAUUGCCCCAUAGGCACAAACAAGCCCCUGGCCUGCACUACAGGCACUUACAGCUCCGUCAUGGGCAACAGUCACCAAGAAAAUUGUGAGCCAUGUCCAUUAGGCUACUACUGUCAGGGGGAAGCAGUAGCAGAGCCUCUUCCAUGUCUACCGGGGCAUUUCUGCCCCACAGGCACAUCACAGGAUACUCAGUUCCCCUGCCCUCCAGGAACAAUGCAGCCACAGUCUGGGACAGCCAGUAUAGAUGAAUGUCUACAAUGUCCUGCAGGCAUGUUUUGUGCUCGCCAUGGUCUUUCAGAGCCUACAGGGCGCUGCCAGGAUGGAUUUCACUGCCCUUCGGGGGCCACAAGUCCCAACGGCACUGGAAACGUGAUUGGAUCUACAGGCAACAGCAUGUGCCCGCCUGGCCAUUAUUGCCCAACUGGUAUCGGGUCUCCUCUUCCAUGCCCCACUGGAACAUUCUCCAGCUCCCCAGGGUUGAGUGGGGCAGAGCAGUGUCAGUCGUGUCCUUCUGGGUACUUCUGUGAGCAGACUGCUAUGGUCUAUCCAUCAGAAGCAGCUCUCUGUGAUGCUGGGUAUGUGUGUAUCAAUGGCAGUCGUAGUGCUCGACCGGUAGAUGGACUACAGGGUUAUAUUUGUCCAAGCGGACACAGUUGCCCCAUUGGUACUCCAUUGGAAGUGCCUUGUGAGCCUGGCACAUACAGCAGUGCUCCUGGUGCGGUCCACUGUCUCUCAUGUCCAGCUGGCACUAUGUGUCCUUCCCCUGGCACACAGGAGCCAUCCCCAUGUCCCAUGGGUCAUUUUUGCCCUGUUGGCACUGCUGAAGCUGUACCCUGUCCUGUGGGCACACUAGGACAGGUUACCAGGGCUCAGUCGGAGGGUGCCUGUGUGCCCUGCCCUACCGGCCUCUACUGUAGUUCACCUGGAACAUCACAACCACAGGGCCAGUGCCAGCAGGGUUAUUUCUGCCAAGCAGGGUCUCCAAAUCCUGCUCCUUUGAAUACAACUGGCUAUCUCAGGAAUGGCCCCUGUCCGCAGGGUCACUUUUGCCCUUCUGGAACCCUAAUGCCUCUGCCUUGCCCAGCAGGCAGCAUUCGUAACCUCACAGGGGGUUACUCCAUAGAAAGCUGUCUUCCCUGCCCAGCAGGACAUUACUGUGCUAGCGAAGGCCUGGAUGCUCCAACUGGACCCUGUGCUGCAGGCUUUUACUGCCCUGUAGACUUUUCCUCCACUACCCCACACGCCUUCCUCUGCCCCAAGGGUUAUUACUGUCCCUUGGGCUCAACCCUGGCCUUGCCCUGCCCAACGGGACAGUACCAGCCGAAUCCGGGCUCGGAUAACUGCAUCCCUUGCCGUCCAGGCUAUUACUGUGAGGAGGCAAUUAUCGGAGACCCCCGGCCUUGCCCGCCGCACUACUACUGCCCUGCAGCAACAAUGGUUCCUCAGCCAUGUCCCAAUGGCACAUACACCCCACUUGAGGUCGGGGGUUUGCAGGAGGAGAGAGAGUGUUUGCCGUGUCCACCAGGAAAGUUCUGCAAGGCUGGACAGGUGAAAGGCCUGUGCGCUGCUGGAUUCUUGUGCAUCUCUGGCAGUUCAGAAUUUACUCCUCAGGCCACCUUUCUGCUCAACAGAGACCAGUGUGAGUGGGGAGCACAGUGUGCUGGACUGUGUCCUGCUGGCUUUUAUUGCCCUGUAGGCAUAGAGGAACCUUUAUCUUGUCCUGCCAACACUAUAAGAGAAACCCCUGGAGCAAGUACUAUACAUGACUGUCUGCCUUGUCCUCCAAGACACUGGUGCCAAGAGGGUGAUCCCAUCCCACGAAUGUGUCCACCAGGCUAUUACUGUGAUGGCAUAGUUGAUUAUGAGUCUGAGGGGCGGCCGGGGCCUAGAGAAUGUCCCCUGUUUACAUACAGGCCCAUGUCUGGUGCAGGAAGCAAAGGAGACUGUCUUACCUGCCCCCCUGGCACUUUUUGUAACUCCACAGGGCUCACUGAUUUCUCAAGCUUCCUUUGUCCACCGGGUCAUUGGUGCAGUGGGACAGGUUUCCCCGUGACCUGCCCUGCAGGCACCAUGAGGGCACAGGCAGGGGCAGCUGCUGUCAGUCAGUGUGAGCCUUGCCCUCCUGGUACCUUCUGCCCACACCCUCGCACCAUGGGGCAGCCUAAUACAGCAGGCAUCCCAUGUCGAGCUUCUUACGAAUGUCCUGCAGGGUCAGUCACAGAGACCCCUUGCAGAGCUGGUUCAUACUGUAGACCCCAGACAGGAGAUCCCACACCGUGUCCUGCAGGAUACUACUGUCCUGAGGGAUCUCGAACCUACAGCUCUCCACAGCAAGUGUAA